GGGUUUUAUGGGCAGACGCCUAUGUUCUCUGGGCUUUUCCAACCUGGGGGUGGAUAAAAAGCAAGGUUCUUCCCCAUCUCCUUCCCCCGCCCCAGCUUCCUACCGUUGCCCAGAUCAGAGACGCUGCUAGGUGCGCCCAUCCCAGUCCCUAGCAGAGUGGGAGCCUGGCACUGUGUAGAAGGAGCUAGCAGGGAGGGAGAGCAUCGAGGCUCAGGACCAUUGGUUGUGGGGUUGGAGAGUGGGCGGGGGAAAACUCCUCCCUGGAUCUCUUAGUCUUCGGGCAGCUCAGCUCUUUGCCUUCAGCUGCUAAGGCUCCAGUACCGGUUGGAGGGCGGACCGGACCAGACUGGACCGAAAGCUUCCCCGCUGGUUCACGCUCUUAGAGCCUCACUCUGCCCAGCGCACCACACUCUUCCAGAGGAAGGCUCUCCACCCUGUAGCUGCGGGAGAGAAGAGGACAAGCCACGGCUCUCUCCUAAGUCGGCCUGGUGGGUGCCCUUCCCGACCUUCCCUUCAGGGUGUCGGGAUUGCAGUUCCAGUGGACACCAAAUCCCCAGUUGUACUUGUCUGGAAAGCAAGACCCUCGGCUCAGAUAAAACAACCUGCUAUUUAUGCCAGCAUUCCCACAGAAAAAUGAAGAACUAUAGAAUCUAACCCCUAUCUGAGUAACUUCAUUCACUCAUUCUGAUUCUCACACCACAAAGAUGUCAGACCCUGACCCUUCAUCUGGAUUUGUGGGCAGUGUAGAGAAUGGAACUUUCCUGGAGCUCUUCCCCACCUCCCUGUCCACCUCUGUGGAUUCAUCUUCUGGCCAUUUAUCCAACGUCUACAUCUACGUGUCGAUAUUCCUCAGCCUUUUAGCAUUUCUGCUCUUGCUCUUGAUCAUUGCUCUGCAGAGGCUUAAAAACAUCAUCUCAUCUAGUUCCUCCUACCCUGAGUACCCUAGUGAUGCUGGGAGUUCAUUCACUAACUUGGAAGUCUGUAGCAUCUCCUCUCAGAGGUCUACUUUCUCCAAUCUUUCCUCCUGAAGCAAAACAAAAGAGAACACUUUGGUGCUGGAGGGGGUUAGUUGCAUGCUAUGGUGACUCUUUAAGGCCAUCGUGGAAGAGAUGACUCUUUGAGCUCUUAGACUACCCCUCAUCCCUUAGUCUCAAUUUCCCUUUUUAGUUAGCAGUGCUUUUCAUCUCUGAACAUAAUGCUAACACAAACAGCUUUAAAUAUCUAGAAAUGAUAAGGGGUUUUACACCCCAAAACUGCCUCUUAGUAGAGGGAUUCAUUAAUUCCAUGGCAUUAGACACUCACAUGCUCACCUGUAAUUCACCUCAUCUGUGUGAUGUUGGACUGUGUGCUUCUGGACUUCAUCUUUUCUGAAAAACUAUUUGACCAAUGGAGCCAACCAAAAUUCCAGUGUAAUUUGUGGGGUAGGGGAUUGCUAUUUAGAAUUAUUCUGUUUCCACCCCCCCCAGCAUUUGAAAGAACAUUUUCCAUGAACCAAAUGGAACCAAAAGCAAUUUCAGUUUGAAUGGCCCUUGGGAAAUUUCUAAAAAUUUGGAGAAAGGCUUCAAAUAGUUUAAUUUAAUUUUAAUGAGCCAAAACUAUAUCUGGGCAGGAUUGGGAAGAAAUUAUUUUUCAUAGAGCAAGAUGGGAAUAACUGUAAGCGUCAAAUUGUCAAUAUAAUCAGUCUCUUGGGGGGUUUUCCUCCACUUAUUUGUCUCAGAUCCAGUAUUCCAUGUUUUUUAUCAUUCGUUGUGAGGAUAAUUAUGAAUUUCAGGCAUAUCCCAGCACAAAUCAAAGAGUUGGACUCUUGUUUCAUACCUGUGAUUUCUGUCAAUGGGAAUUAAGCACAUGAAGAAUAGACUGUAAACAUAUCAUACUGUCAUGACUUACAACAGACAACUUGAUUGAAGUGUGUUCAUGUAUUCAGUUUUAUACUCUUUCCACCUUACUGCAGAAUUAUGUGAAGGUUACAAGACAUCAGAUCGACAUUGACUCACAUUAACUUGAAAGUGUUAGAAACUGAAAUGCAAAAGCUAUGUAUGUGUUCUCAUUCAAAGCUCUAAAUGAAUGUUGCCUCCCUUUUUACUGUUGUCAUAGGCUAUCCAGUACUGUGAAUUUGAAUUGCAAGAUGAGGUCUAAAGUUGACAUUUCUAUAAGUGUAGGCUGUGAUAGUAAGACUAAGAGAAGGCAGGAUGGUUCCUGGGGCCUGCCACAUAAAUGAGUACAGGUCUUGCACAUGAAAGAAAUUAAACUACACCAAAAGGAUAUCUGGCUCUUAGAGAAUAAGAAUUUUCUAUGUAAAUAUAAGUCCCCACAGCAUAAAUGCAGGACUACCACUACUCACUGCCAUCAGGUGCCUCAUUGCCAAGGUCAUGUGCAUACAUGGCAACUCAAAUGACCAUUUCUUGUUCAAUUUUUGUUCUUGUUCUAAUUUUUACAGUCCUCUUCAAGACCAAUUCCUACCCAUUUAAAGAUUUCUAAGGCAAAUAUGGAAGGCACCUUCAUAAUCUAGCACAACCAUUGGUUUGGCUGCACAGUCAAACCUAUUUGGUCAGGAGAAUGGCACCCAAAAAGUGACCAUUUGUUCUACUCAAGAUUUUUCAGGACAUAGACAUACUGGUUAUGUGGGUAAGUGUGGGAAACUUGGAGGACUUGUAAAAGUAGAGGGCCACAAGGUUCUUAACUUUAAAUAUAGUGAAGGAUGAAUCAGGCCAAAGCCAUCUUUAGCUAACUAUAUGUUCAUAAAUGGCCCAGGAGUUGUGCGUGGUUGCUACCUUAGGUUUUGUGAGCUUGUGCAGAACUCUCCUCUAUCACCACAUAAAGUACAGCGACUCAUGGAUGAGGGAUUCAAGAGACAGGAAAAAAAAUGAAAUAGAGACCUGCUUUUUAUGCAAAUACUGCUGCUUCUCUCCUUUUAUGAAUGCAUUUAAGUUGGAUCAAACACGCAAACAUAUGUGUUUACAAUAUGGUAAUGCCAUCUCUAUGGCAUAGGACCAUGCAGAUUUCAAAGGGACAAUUUUAAUUACUGAGGAAUAAGAUGAGAUAAAGUGGCUCUGAAAACAUUUAAAAAAUUUUCUUCAGCAUCAUCUGAAAAUAAUUAUGAUGCCUUUUUCUUUUAAAAAGAGAUAGAUACAAAAGUCCCUAUUAGAAGAGCUAUUCACAGAAACUACCAUUCAAAGAAAGUAUUGAAUUGCCAGGACACAUCCUGAAAGAAAUGUGGUCGGCAAUAAUGGUUCAUUGCACUCAACUUCAUUUGUGAUAAAUGACAACACAUUUGUGCACAUUUAGUAGAAGAUAAAUUCUAUUUGUUCUUCCCAAAUUUGCCAAGGCACCAAUACAACUUGAGAUAGGUUUGUUUUCAGAAUAUUAAAGGUGUUCAAAAGAGUUGGAAGUUUAACUGAUAAAUAAAAAAUAAAAACUGGAGCCCAUCCAAAGUCUGGUUCAUUAUUUUUGUUGCUACUAUGACUGCUACCACUACUUUGUUGCUGUUCAAUCAUUUUAGUUGUCUUUGACUCUUCAUGGCCCUGUUUAGAGUUUUCUUGGCAAAGAUACUGGAGUGAUUUCCCAUUUCCUUCUCCAGCUCAUUUUAUAAAUGUGAAAACUGAGGCAAAUGAGGUUAAAUGACUUACCCAGGGUCACACAGCUAGUAAGGGUCUGAGGUCAGAUUUGUACUCAGGUCCUCCUAAUUCCAGCCAUCACAGUAUUCACUCCUUCACCUAGUUGCCCACUAUCACUACUACUAUUUUGUCCAUUUGAUGGGGGUGAUAUGUAUAUGUAUAUGUGUGUGUGUAUGUAUGUAUGUAUGUAUAAUUUACAUAUAUCCACAUAUAUGUACACAUAUACACCUCUACACUUCUCUCUUGUUCUUGCAUUCUACAUAUAUAUGUAAACAGGUAUGUGCAGAUAGAUAUAGAUAUAGAUAUAGAUAUAGAUAUAGAUAUAGAUAUAGAUAUAGAUAUAGAUAUAGAUAUAGAUAUAGAUAUUCACACACACCUACAUGUAGUCAAUCCUUAACAUUCAAGUAUUUAAAUUUUGCAACUUCAAGUAUUUGUGCGAUUUUAUUAGUAACCUCAUUUUCACUUUCAUGUUCGCAACUGAGUACAUUUGCUGCUAUGCACCAUAGAGAAAAAAAUGAGAGGCGUGAUGCACAAGUUAAUAUCUGCAAAAAGGAGGAAUGCCUUUAUAAAAUUGUUCAUGAAUUUGCUCCAAAAAGUGCUAAAGUAAUC